AUGAGAAUCCAACAGCAACAGCAACAAGUAACUGAUGUAGUACCAUCAUUAACAUGGGGUGGAGAUAGCCACCGUGUAGCAGCCAUUAAUCUGGAGGAAAGCCCUAAUAGUUCUGACAAACAUGAUCAUGAGGACUCUCAGAAACCUAGGUGGAAAAAGUUCCUAUCAUUUGUAGGCCCUGGAUUUCUUAUCUCCAUGGCUUACAUUGACCCAGGCAGCUUGGAAACUGAUCUGCAAACUGGAGCAAAUUACACAUUUGAGCAACUAUGGGUUUACCUUAUUGGGUUUACCUUUACACUCAUAAUUCAAUCGCUAGCUGCAAAUCUUGGUGUAAGCACUGGCAAACACCUUUCAGAAUUAUGUAAGUUAGAGUACCCAAAAUAUGUGAAGUAUUUCCUAUGGUUGCUUGCCGAAUUUGCUGUCAUAUCCGCUGAUAUACCCGAAGUGGUUGGGACAGCCUUUGCACUAAAUAUAUUAUUCCACAUCCCAGUUUGGACUGGAGUUCUCAUCACCGGUUUAAGCACUCUCUUACUUCUUGGCUUGCAGAGAUAUGGGGUUAGAAAGCUGGAGAUGCUGAUAUCAGUGCUAAUAUUGGCAAUGGCUGCAUGUUUCUUUGGGGAAAUGAAUUACGUAAAGCCUCCAGCUGCUGCUGUGAUAAAGGGAUUGUUUGUACCCAAGCUCAGUGGCCAAGGAGCCAUUGGAAAUGCCAUAGCCCUUUUGGGUUCCGUUAUCAUGCCGCACAAUCUCUUUCUCCACUCGGCUCUUGUCCUAUCCAGAAGAGUACCACGUUCUGUCAAUGCCAUCAAUGAUGCAUGUCAAUUUUACUUGAUAGAGAGUGGAAUCGCACUGGUUGUCGCAUUUUUAAUCAAUAUUGCAAUCAUCUCUGUAUCGGGUACCAUUUGUUCAGCCAACAAUAUGUCAGAUGAUAUUGCAAAUCAAUGCAAUAAUCUUAACCUUGACUCGGCCCCUUUCCUUCUAAAGAAUGUGUUGGGUCGGUCAAGCUCAACCAUAUAUGGCAUUGCAUUACUAGCCUCAGGGCAAAGCUCUAGCAUCACAAGCACUUAUUCAGGGCAAUUCAUCAUGCAGGGUUUCUUGGACCUUAAGAUGAGACCAUGGAUUAGAAACCUGAUGACAAGGUGCAUUGCCAUUGCACCUAGUCUUAUUGUUUCCAUUAUUGGAGGAUCUAAAGGUGCAGCCAAACUUAUCAUCAUCUCAACGAUGGUACUUGCAUUUGAGGUUCCAUUUGCUCUAAUCCCUCUCCUUAAAUUCAGUUACAGUAACCCCAAGAUGGGACCACACAAGAAUUCAAUCUAUAUUAUGGUUAUCGCGUGGACCCUAGGCGUGGCAUUGACUGGCUUUAACAUGUACUUCCUGAUUACAGCCUUUGUGGGUUGGCUAAUUCACAACAAAUUACCCAAGAUUGCAAAUGUGUUUGUUGGGAUCAUAGUGUUUCCCCUAAUACUCGUUUACGUCUUAGCAAUCUUGUAUCUUACCUUUCGAAAAGACACUGUUGUAACAUUUACUGAGCCCAUAACGCUUGACCAACCAAUGGCCCAAAACAACAUGGAACAAGGGCUUAGCAAUUCUUAUGAGGUGGUCGAGGCUGAUCACAUUCCUUACAGUGAGGACUUGGUUGAUAUCCCACUACCAGAGUAA